AUGUAUUCGCCUCCUUUCUCUUUUGUCUCUCCGCGGAGCGGGAUCGUCGAGAGGAAAAAUUUAUCUUCGCGUUAACGUCACGAUCCGAAAUCGGUGGGAAAAGGAGAAACAGACAAAGGAACGCGAGAACGGUGAACUGAAAGUGGGCAAGAUUUUCUUCGCGAUGAGGGAAUCGAGUUUCGGGGGUAAGAUUUCUAGGAGGACCGAUUCGCGCUGACUCCGUAGCGCAGAAGCAGCGCCAGUCGUUCACCAGCACCCUAACCAUUUUUCUUCGUCUCUCAGGUUGGAGCGAGUUCGAGAAUGUCGGCAGCGCCAUCCUUGCUGUCGACGCUACCCCCUAUACGGGGUGUCUCGCUUAUCCAACCGAAAUCCCGAAAUUUUAUCGAGCAACGUUCCUCAAAUCCUUUUAUUCGUCUCGAGGGAGAGGUUCAUCCAUCAAUGAUUUCAAAUAUGAAUUAAUGUUUCCUCGGAAACCCGCAAACGAGCCAUUUUUUAUUCGAUUAAAAUCAACGCUGGUCGAGAUCCCUUCAUUUAUAAACGGAGGAGAGAUAACUGACAUCGUCGAUCAAAUAUGCGAGCAAUCUUCCCACCCCUGAUUUAGAAGAUGUAUUAAUUUUCAUUUGAUAGAGCACUCGUUCGCUUUAAUACUUGGACGCGUUGUUUCUAACGCCUUGUAUAAAUAUUUAUAAAAAAUUAGUAUCGCGUAGACUAUAAUUAACUGUUUUCGAAGUUCUUAUCUGUCGAUGCGUACCAAACAUUUCAGUUUCGAUGCAUCUUUCAAAGUAACGGCUUCUAGGAACAGAUAUCGUAAUAUGCAGAACGAAAAGCUGCAUCGAUUAAUACAUUAAAGAGUAUAUAGUACGAUUAAAAAACUUGAUCUUCGUAUCUCCGCUACACCUGCGGCUGCAAAAACACUAUUGACAUCAGAUUAUCUUCCCCUCGAAGCCAUUCAUCUUUCGUUUCAAAUAUUUUUCACUAUUGAUCGAUCGAUGGUAUUCUUAUUACGCAAACAAAGAAAGCGUACACGCGAUACAGAGUGUCCCAAAAGUCUAUCUAUAUGCGGCGAUGUUUGUACAAAAGGGACGAUGUUUACUUUGUCCUUAUUUGCUUCGAAUUUUAUGGUACGUCUGUGAAUUUUCAUUUUCAUUUUCAGACUCCGCUGGCAGGAGUCGUGCGUUUUCCGACGAGGAGAUCUAUAGAUAAUCGCGCGAAAGUUGAGAUUAAAACUGAUUCCACGAGUAUAAUUGCUACAUUAUUCAAAUAUAUAAUGAAAAAUGUAAAGUAGCGAGAAAAAAAACUGCCCGGACUGCAACGACGGAGCGUUUGAAUACCUGCUGAAAUAAAGUAAUGCCCUGACAUAAAAUAUGAAGUAUCUCGUAAAGCAGUAGCGUACUCAGAGAAAGGAGGGAACGAACGUCGCCAAGCAACUGCGCCCUUCUGCCUCAGAUAUCCAUUUUUUAACCAUUGAACAUUCCUUCUUUUUUAUAUGUAAGUGUAAAAGUUACCCGACGUCAUCAGACGGGGAAGGUUUCAAGCUGCCAAUCUUCGGGACCAGUCUUCAGGGGAUUCGGUAACGAUGAAAAAUGUACCUAAAACGGAACGUCGUCGUUUGUUUCACCGGUAAAAAGCUCGAGAGCUAAGUUUCACAUUUUCAUCUCAAAUCUGAUUAGAUUUUUCAGCAAAAUCGUCGCCAUGAAUAACGACGUCUACCUUUUCGUAGACGCGCCUCUCUUUUCCUUCCAAUUUAAUUGGCACAACCAUCUCGUUUUCAGUUCCUUUAUACCAUACCUUUGAAUUAAUUAUAUUCCAUUUGGUUAUAUUUUAUUCCGCCUACUCCCAAUCGCCUCUGUUUAUGUUUCGAUAACAGUCAAAACGCGUAAAGUGUUCCGGUAACGCGAUCUCAUUAAUCUCGCUUAUCGUCCCACAUUGCCCGAUAGAAUCAUCCCCUAAAAUGUUUGCCACGCGUAGGUAAACAACCCGUGUAAAAAUAAAUAUUGAUUUUAAACAACGCUAGUCGUUUCGAAGAUAUCCCCGUGGAUUUAACCGGGACACCCCGUAUACAUAGUUCUCCCGCUUCCCUCGUAUUCGACGGACCACCCAACGAAGGGGUCGCCGUCGGUGCUCUUCUUCCUCUCGUUCGCCAGUACCGCCGGGCGUUUCGACGCGGUAACACACGUUGCCGUCCAGGUCGUGGGAAAACGGUCGACGCACGCAGUUCCGCCUAUAUUUCACGCUGUUCCCUCCAACGCCACUCGUCACGGAAUCUCUCCCUUGAUCUCUCCGCUUCCAAACCUUUCGAUCUCUCCCGUUCCAUCGUCCAGUUCCGACUUUUCUGUCAUACUUUGCGUCGAAACUUCUCCGCCGUCACCCUACGCGCCAGUCCUUCCGCCUUUUCUAACGCGUCGCUCCUUCCCAAAAAUAGGGGAGACCCGCCCACGCGCGGAACCGCGAAACUGAUCAUCGGUUCUCGUUACCAUCCGUCGACCCUUCCGGUUCCGUUGUCCGUUCUCCAUUACGGCCGACCGUACGCGUCGAAUGGCCGAGGACACCAUCGUGUCCAGGUGAUGAGGUGCCGUGUCGCGUGUCGUGUCGUUUCGUGCACUAUAUACACGAUCUCGUUCCGUCCUGUUUCGCGUACACUGCGUCCUAUUCCGUCCUACCGCGCCCUAACCCGUUCGACAAAGGCGCGGCGCUGCACAGGACCACGCGACGCGUUACCACGAACCCGCCUAAUACAUUCUAGGUCAGUCGCUCUAUGUUCAAACACGCCCGAUACGUUAUUCAAAUGCUCUGGCAGACCUGACUUUUUUCUUGCGCUUUCAGCGAGCCUUCGGGGAAUAGUUCUCAAAGUAUUUUUAAAGUAACCGCUGGGGUGGCUCUACCUCUAUCGCACCCUCCGACCGACGUAAGAAGUCGAUCUUGUAAAAGUAGUUAUUACCGAAAGUUAAGGUAAGACAAUUUUCUAUAAAAAUGGCCCGCUUUAUUUUUUUCGUAUAGGUUCUGAAACUCAAGGUUGUGGAAAGUCUGAUUCUUUGUUUGUAUUUGUACGAACACUUAUUUUGGCAAGGAUAUGAAUUCGUGAACUCGCUCGCUGAAAAUUCAUUUUGUUUCGUUUCCUCCUUUUACGCGUACGAUUCUAUUUAAUUAAUUGUUGUCGAAAGGGCUGAAGCGUUAAUGGUAAUAAAUAUGUAAUUAAAAGCAAAUAAAUGGUGUAUCUGGAGCACUCAUGAAUAUUGAAAUUUCUGGUUUGGAAUAUGAAUUUCAGGAAAGAAGAUUAAAGUUUGAAGUUGAAAGUUGCGUUCAAAGUUUUCACUCCAUGCUACGAAGCGAACUAUUAAUCGCGUAAGACGAGUCUAUUAUGCUUCAUUCUAUAAUCACUUUUAAACAGUUUUGACCAUUAAUUAUAACUAUUUUUGCGGUAAGCGCGAAAGUUUUUUUUUUUGUUUGUUUAGAUAAUUAGAAGAAAUUGAUUUCUUUCAUCCGUUUCGAGGGUGCGAACAAGUGUUGUUAAAACGAUAAUCGUCGAGUCGUUUAUCCGUUAUUUGUAAAGUGAAUGAAAGUCGGUGCGAAAAGCGAGGUUCGCAAAAAGAUUUUCACAAUUAAAUCCGAAGCGACUGAACCACUGUUCUGCGGCUGACAAGUUGAACUAUGAAGGGGAUUGUGGACGGUACUGGGUCAGACACUUUAUUCAGCCUUUGAAGGCUCGCGAUUAACGAGGGAUCAUCGCGAACCACCAGAUUUUAAUGAAAUUCUGCGCAAAUUUUCAUUGCUCCAAUCCAGGAACGCUACUCACUGAUCGUUGAGGGAAAACCCACCACCCUGCAUAAAUCCACCAAUUUAAUUAUUCUAAAUAACAAUCUUACGAGAGAUAUCGAAACAAAUCUUCAAUUUAAAUUUCGAGUUGAAUAUGAAUAGAUCGCGUAAAAGAAAAAGCUCGUUUCACUCUUUCGUAUAGAAUUUAGGAGACACCUGCGCUCCUCCCCCACACCUUCGCCACGUUUCAUUGAAAUCGGUGGUAACAAAGUAAGCGGAAAGAAUUCAUCGCUAAGACUCCUCCGGAAGGCAAAUCGUUGAUAGAUGCUUGUGCCAACUCGAUCGCAAAAUAUUGAAACAAACGUUCGCUUUCGGAUUGAUCUAAGAACGUAAAGAGAAAUGCGGCGGAAGCAGAGACUGGAGGAUAGAUAGAUAGCGAGACAGAAUUGACGGAAGGGAAGUUUAACGCGCGGUAUUGUGCGAUGGGUGUGCCGCGUGUAGAAACGCGGAGGAUGAUUUCGCGAGGGGUCGGCGAUCGAACCGUCCCGCCUCGAUCUUCGAAUCGAUCUCCUCAGGGAUCAGCUACCGUUCCGUCGACGAUCAGGCGAUCGAGGACACCGAGUUCGACCCGCGCCUUCCUCCGAGGACGCUCGAUGCUUUGGAUUAUAUUCGCGAUUCAGCUGAUCGGAGCACCGGCGAAUUCUGACAAGACCGGGGACAUCGAGGUGGAAAUCAAAGUGCCAAGCGAGGCCAAAGUGGGAUCCUCGGUGGAGCUGGGAUGCGAAUGGCGACUGUUCGGCCGGAGCGGGCUUUACUCGGUGAAAUGGUACAAGGACGAUCACGAGUUCUUUCGAUACGUGCCGGAGUAUAAUCCCAGGAUACAAACGUUUCCGCAGCCAGGCGUAAACAUCGACAAGUGGAAGAACGAAAAAUCAAUCAGGCUGAGGGACCUAGGCGUGACGAGCUCGGGACAGUACAAGUGCGAAGUCUCCACUGAAGCACCGUCGUUCGCCACUACCUACCGGACGGCCAACCUGACUGUGAUCGCACUCCCCGAGCGAGGUCCAGAGAUCACUGGCCUAUCAUCCUCGCAUUAUGCCGUCGGGGAAAACGUGACGGCGAACUGUACCGUAUGGCCAUCCGUGCCUAAGGCUGCUCUUCGUUGGGUCAUCAACGAUUGCGAGCGAGAAGACGAUCCAAUACCCGGAACGUGGAAACUCAAGCCUCGCGGCAACACCCACCAGCCUCGGGCUACGCGUGGAACUCGAGCCGGGGUACUUGGGGGACGUCAACGGGGCUACGACGGUCCUCGUCAAAUGCAUAGCACAGAUCGGCUCGAACGCCCUCGAAACCGAGAAAUCUGUGCCGAUCGCGCGCGUCAACAACCAACGAUUGAGCGCUGGGGACACUCGCAGCAGAGGGCACGGGACGCAUCGGCCGUCCACCGAUCGUUUCUGGCUUCUUUCGCUUCUGAUCCUGACGAUAUUCGCGACGUGACACGCACACGAGCAUGUGUUGCGGAACGUUUCCCUCCGAGGAACUUUCUCGUAACAAGCGACGGGUGUUCAAGACUGAAUUCUCGAAUCCCUUUGAAUGUCAUCCGACGCCAGAAGGGACUAUCGAAGAGCUCGAUGGGUCUUGAAACUCUCGACGAGCAUUCUCGUUGAAUUCACUGAUUCGUGCAGCUGUGAAUUAUUUAUCGAUCCUUAGAAGAUCGACGAAGAGAUUCGAUAGGUGUUUACAUUAAUUCUGUGCCUCUAUAUUAGGACAUAGGUUACGUUACGUACAGAUUCGUUACGAUAGAGACCAAAUCGAGAAAGUUGGUACGUACGAACACAGUGACGGUUAAAUAUUUCUACUUAAACUAAAGUUAUAAAUUGUUGAACGUAAAAGCACGGAAUACAUUUCCACGCCUAAUACGUUCAAGAUUUAACGACUCAAGAAGAUUUAAAUAGGGACGUGUUGAACGCAUUACGAAGAUCGGGGACUGAGCGUUCACGAAUCCGUGAAUUUAUGUAUUUAUACAGAAUGUUUGAACUUCGUUAGUAGUUUUAAGACCCGACGGGGCUUCGCGACCGAUUAAAAGUUUCAGGAUCGAUUAAAAGUUUCAAGACCGACCGAGACUCUUUAGUUAUUCUGGUAUCGAAUAACAGCGGAGGCGAAUCGAGUUUGUCGUCGGAUUCGUAGCGAUUCCAAUCGAUUCGAACCGAUCUUGAACCGAUCUUGAACCGAUCUUAAACCCUCCACCACUCGGAGCGGAGUUAGGCGUACACGCGGUAAUCGCGUUCCGAUAUCCGUCUGAUUACCAGUCCGUAAGAGUCCACCAACUUCACGUGCACACGUGACGUUCCGAACGUGCACAUCUCAACAACUAGAAUUUACUCACGGCGAAAGGAAAAAUUAUGCACGAUUCGAGCACGAUGUUUUCAUAUGGUGACUCGGAGAUUCAAGGAAGAUUAUUUCAUAAAUACUAUACACGACUAAACAAACAACGAUUUCUUGUUUCAGAGAUAAAGUGAAAUUCAUGCAGUCGCGAACGAGCAACGCGUGUAUUUAAUAUCGAAGCGUGAUUCGAUGCUUCCGCGCUGUUCACCGCGAUGAUUUUCACGCCUGCACACGACACGUGUGCACGUGGUUUUUCGGCACGAGUAGAGAAUCGUAGGCUCUAGUCCAUAAGUAUGCGAUUUCGAUUAGUUUACCGAGUUUACCGAGCAAACGGGCAAACGGAAAAGCUCCCAGCCGAGCGAACACGCUUUUCCACAGAACGGGAAGAUAAUGGCGUUUUUUCGAUUCCUAAUCGUCACUCGUAGGAUCACUCGUCUCGAUGCUGACUCGUUUGACCGUGCACGCUGUGAUAUUAAUGAUAAGACGUGUGGAGGUAUAGUAGUCGUGUGUGUCAACGUCCUCAUUCGAUAAGACGUGUGUUAAGUUUCUUCUAGAUACUCUAACGACGAGAUAAAUGAAUCGGAGUACCCGUUAGUCGAUCAGGUAUGAUAACUUGGAAAGUCGACGUACUCGUCCGAAUUGCAACUUUGUGGAGAUCGAAAGUCGUUAGACAAAGUUCCCAAGGCUUUCCAAGCUCUGACUUAUUCCCAGUGACUACGAUCAUUGCCAUAGUCUUCUUAGUUUGAGUAUACGCAACGGAGGUUCCGUCGAGAAACAAUUCAAGGGGUUAUGUACGGGUAGAUUUUUGGAAAUUUUUUUAGUUAUCAGCGUUAAGCGAGGAUAUUAUCAACGAAUUUGUGUCACUUUAUUCUUAGCCCUUCCUAUUAGGUCUCCCAUUAACUUUUUUCACUUCGCUCAACACACUUCCUUCCGUCUUUGAACAGUCGGAGAGUAUUCCCAUUAGGAAUAUCGAAUAAAUAAAUUUGAUUAGGUCUCCUGAAAGUAUCGUUCAAGCGGAGCAACGAGCAACUUUGAAAGUUUGCCAUUUCCGUUCCUUAAACAAUAAUAUCUUUUAAUUAAGAAAGAAAUCAAAUUAUCGUCCAAGUAAUCGCUAUACCGAUGGGAAAUCUCACUUGAGACGCGUUGCUCUCGCGAAUAACGCGCGGAGAUAAUGGGAAAGAUAACGAUUUCCGAUCCAUAGAAUAGGAAAUUAGUAUACAUAUGCACUUAUGUACGACACGUAUACGCGCACUUUAACCAUUUCUCUCAUCGUGUCGUGGGGCAGGAGAAAAACGGAUGCAGGAAGCAAUAAACGAAAGGGGCAGAGCAGAAUACGCGACAAGGGAUCUGGUGGUAGAAUAGAAAAGAUUUGUCUGGGAUUCAUAGCGUUCUAUCUAUUAUACAUGUGUAAGAUAAUCGUUCGACUCGAAGUUUAGCGACGCUCGAAGCGUCACGAUUUUUUCACGUUACCCGUGAUCUUUGAUCGCGAUUUCAUUCUCGGUUGCAAUCGUUCGCGCGCAACGUUUGUGUAUCUUCCACGAUUUAUGGCGGUUGCGCGAACGAGCGUAACUUCGGAUACGUUCGAAAGUAAGCUGGCAGGAAUGUUAUGACUCGGAGAGCAACAUCUGACGUUCGUUGACGUCGAAUAGAAAAUUCGCGCGUAAACGUCUUCGACCUAAUCGCCCUCUGAUGCAAACAGAAUUACUUUACGUAUCGACAAAUAAAAUUUACAGCGAGAUUAGCGUGGUUUACGAGGUUCUCCAUGGCCAUCUUUGUUCCGGAAGAAAUCGAAACUUUGGUAUUAUUACUCAAACAAUGGUUUGGUAACAGAAAGAUUAUAGUUUGGAAGUAUGUCCAAUCGCGUCUCAAAUUUGACUUGUUCAUAUACGUCGGAGUGCCUAAUACUUUCGAACGCAACUCUAUAUACUUUUAAUGCUCGCAGAGCAAUUCGAUUACUGGUUGGCGAAAUUCCAAAGCCGAGUUUGUCAAAGCUUCCGGUACUCGGAGAGCAAAGAAGCCCCGAGAGACUUUGGUCGCGUCUACGCAAGAAAUCCACUUAUCGAUACGUUUAUAUGUACACAGGCGCGCAAAUACACGUUGCCUUUCAGUAUCACAGAAUAAACGAUAAAUUCGACAUUUUUUCGACUUCGUUUAUCAUUAAUUUACCAGUUUCAGCAAUUAUUCUUAAUGCUGUCUCCUCGAGAACCGCGCUCGGCUUAUCGAACCAAUGUAAUUGUUUAUUUCUCUGGUGCACAUCUUUGAAUUGCGAAACUAAAUUAUGAUUCACGCUGAACGAAUAAAGACUUAUCAGAUUGUUUCCUCGAUUGAUCGACCGUUUCGAUACGGACUUUUUAUUCGUCUAUUGUUGGAACGAAACCUUGCUCGAUCGUGGUAUUUGUACAAUUUGAUUUACGCAAAAAUCUCGGGAAAGGUUUAAUCUCUUAAGUCGUGGAUUAAUCAUGUAGAAAUACAAUGAAAUUGAUUGUUUCGCGCGACACAAGGAAAAUAUAUAUUCGAAGAGAAAUUGCGUAUACCUAUGCAAGAUUUUUAUCUGUCGAGUGUAGAAAUUAAUUCUGUGCCAUUGCAAGGUAAACUUAUCAUUUAAUUAGAAAGAUAAACAAGAAGGCACAGAAUUAAUUUCUACACCUAAUACAUACGAAUUAACAGGUGAAAAGUAUGCAAUCCAAAACUGGCAUGUUUCACCGCGAAUAAAGAUUCGACGAAUAAAUCGUGACGCCUUUUUUUUUUUUUAUUUGUCCGUAAAAUUUUGCCCUUCUCCGAACCGCCAUUUAUCACCGAUCUUCGAUAAAAUACCGACCAAGCGAGUGACGUUGGAACACAGACAAGGUAUACCUGUAACAGCUCGCGAUGCUCGAUCCUAUCAUGUAUCACGUCCGUGGUCACGUGCAAUAAUAUGUCAUUGCAGUACUCUCUACCUUAUCAGUCAUCGGUAAAAUUUAAUCGUUCGUAAAUAUUACGAAAAUAACUGAAAUAAGAGGCUACUUUUAGUAUCGCGCUGGAAAAUUUACCGCUCGUGUUCGCGAUUCGUUGUAUCAAUUGUGACGGAGAUCAAUACCAUUCUUUUAUUCGGAUUCAGUCUCUAUUUUCAGAUAGGAGAGGUCAGCUAUCAUCUAUACGCAUAGAUAAGAGGUCACGCAUCUAAUCAUUUUGUAAUUCAUAUCAGCUUUUCUGUUACAUAUCCUCCG